GUUCCACCAUUGAUCGAACUAAUACAGAUCACAAAGCUCUUCCAAGCAAGAUUGUUGAAGUUUUCCAAAUGAUUUGUAUCGUCUUGUUUAUUGAACUUGAAAACAUACCUACAAUUUCAGUUGGUGUUCACGAAGCUGAACUUGCACAAUCAGCAUCAACUAUU